UUCGUCACUCCCAUAACAGUAGCUUUAGUUUCUUCUGCACCACCGUUUGACUCAAAAGCCAAAUCAUGGACAGGGAGGAGAAGAAAAAUGUCUAUAUUCACCUGACAAUGGCGCUGUCCGUGGUCGAAAUUGUUGCUUUGGUUUUUAUGUAUCAAUUGGUAGGCAUGGUGAUCAUCAUUCUACUGGCAGAAAAACCCCAGGAAGUAGAUUUUUGGGGUGUCACUCGCAUCUCAGAGUGCCUCAGACCUAAUUUUCAGAACUUUUGUGACCAAGUUCCGAUUAUCUUCUACAUGAACAUGAUCAGCGCAGUUGGAAUUUCUACAAGUUUCCUGGCUUGGAUUGGAGCCAUCAAACAAAAAGGUUGGAUGCUGUGGCCGAAGAUAAUCGAGUGUUGUGCGACGAUUUCACUUUUCCUCUACGUGACGCUGAGUUCCAAAGGACGGAUGGGAACUAAUUGGGAACUGACCAUUUUGAUGACUGCCUUUUUCAUUUCAAUACUGCUUACACUUGUAAUACGGAUGCACAUCUACGUGUCAACUUGCAAGUGCCUGAAGAAGGAGACAAUUGUCGACGCAAAUGACUACGAUGCGCCUAUCGAGGAGAAGAAAUGCCAAAUCUAAAUAAUUUGCUAGAUCGAUUUACAUAUAUGACGAUUUUUAUGGA